AUGCUGAGGACCCGGGGCCGGCGGCGGAACGGCGCGUGCCCGUGGGCGGGUUCCCGGGCGCGGGCCCGCGCGGGAGGGGGCGGAGGGGAGCGGAGGGGAGCGGAGCCGGGCGCCGGUGGAGCCGUCGCGGGGGGAGCGCUCGCCGGCUCGCCUGCCGCCUUCGCCGCCGCUGCUGCGCCCGGCCGUCCCGCGGCCCUGGAGGGGGUCCCCUGCGCCCGGCGAGUCGCCGCCAGGACCCGCACAGACGAACACAUCCCCACAGCCUCUGCUGCUCUCCGAAAUGGAGGCCCCGUUGGUGAGUCUGGAUGAAGAGUUUGAGGACCUGCGGCCCUGCUGCUCUGAGGAGCAGGAGGAGAAGCCGCACUGCUUCUAUGGGUCCUCUCCCCACCAUCUGGAGGACCCUUCCCUCUCGGAGCUGGAGAAUUUCUCCUCAGAGAUCAUCAGCUUCAAGUCCAUGGAGGACCUGGUGAAUGAGUUUGAUGAGAAGCUCAAUGUCUGCUUCCGGAACUACAAUGCCAAGACGGAAAACCUGGCACCUGUGAAGAACCAGUUCCAGAUUCAGGAGGAAGAGGAGACACUGCAGGAUGAGGAGGUUUGGGGUGCACUGACAGACAAUUACAUCCCUUCACUUUCUGAAGACUGGAGGGAUCCAAACAUCGAGGCCCUGAACGGCAACAGCUCUGACACUGAGGAGAGAGAGAGAAACAGACAGACAGAGAAGGAGAGAAACUACAGCAUUGUUCCCCCACUUAUGCUUCUUCCCUCCGUGCAGGUGCUCCUUUGUGGUGGCCAGGGGCUCGGACCUUGCUCCUUACACAUGAUCCAUGAGAAAGAAGAGGAGGAGGAAUUCAAUGAGAAGAGUGAGCACGAUUCUGGCAUCAACGAGGAGCCUCUUCUCACAGCGGACCAGGUGAUCGAGGAGAUUGAGGAGAUGAUGCAGAACUCCCCAGACCCUGAGGGAGAGGAGGAGGAGGAGGAGGAGGGCCUGGAGGAAGAUGAUGUUGCAGAGACCUCAUCCCAGGCCGACUCGGUGCUGCUGCAGGAGAUGCAGGCCCUGACACAGACCUUCAACAAUAACUGGUCCUUCGAAGGACUGAGGCAUAUGUCCGGGCAUGAGCUGGGCGAGCUGCUGGACCAGGUGGAAGGCGCUAUCCAAGACUUCUCGGAAGAGCUGGUACAGCAGCUGGCCCGGCGGGAUGAGCUUGAGUUUGAAAAGGAAGUGAAGAACUCUUUCAUCACGGUGCUUAUCGAGGUGCAAAACAAGCAGAAGGAGCAGCGCGAGCUGAUGAAGAAGAGGCGGAAAGAGAAAGGGCUGAGCCUGCAAAGCAGCCGGAUAGACAAGGGCAGCCAGAUGCCGCUCAAGCGUUUCAGCAUGGAAGGCAUCUCCAACAUUCUGCAGAGCGGCAUCCGCCAGACUUUCGGCUCCUCAGGGACAGACAAACAGUAUCUCAACACCGUCAUUCCCUAUGAGAAGAAAGCCUCCCCUCCAUCGGUGGAAGACCUCCAGAUGCUGACCAACAUUCUCUUCGCCAUGAAGGAGGACAAUGAAAAGGUGCCCACUUUGCUAACAGACUACAUUUUAAAAGUGCUCUGCCCCACCUAACCUCGCCUGGGAGCAGCCUUGCCGUGGAGGUCACUGAGCAAGAGCCCUCGCACCCCAGGACUGCAUGACACCAUGGAACCUCUGGCGCGGGCUUCCACGUGUGUAGUGAACCUGGGCUCAGCGCGGCCCUCCACUGUCGGCUUCUAGUCCUAGUGCUCGUGGGAUGCAUGACCCAGGGUGGAGCUGGGGGGCGGAGCGGCUCCCUACCAUGUAGUCUGGCCCCAGCCUGCCACAACCGCUUCCACUCAAGACUAAUUUUGAAAUAAACCGUCAUUUAAUUAA